GUGGCUCUGGAAGCCCGGAGGCGGACGCCUCCUCCUCCUCCACCCAAUACCCCCGCCCCCCGCCUCCGCCGCCGCCGCCCUUGAACUUAGGCCACGGCUGGCCAGUCUUGUGAACGAGGGGCUGCAUGGAGGGGCUGGCGAUCCUCUGCCUGCUGUUGGCCGCGGCGGCGCUCACCGAGAUCUCGGCCGAAGCCCAUCCCCCACCUGUGACCAAUUUCAGCAUUUCCGUGAAGAACCUCUGUACUAUCUAUUGGCAGUGGAGUCCUCCUGAAGGUGUCAAUGCAACAUGUAAGCUGUGGUAUGAUAGUCAUUUGGGGGAGGACGAGGUAAUCAGUUUAAAGACCUUUCGGGUUGAAGAAGUGGCCCUAAAUGAAAGAAUUUGCCUCCAAGUGAGAUCACAGUGCAGUGUAUCCAGCACAAAUCCUAGUGAUGCUGUAGAAAUGUGCACUGUGCCCCCGGAAGGUGACCCGGAGUCUGCCGUAACAAGACUGCAGUGUAUUUGGUACAACCUGUGCCAAAUGAAUUGUACGUGGCUCCCCGGGAAGAAGGCGCCUCCUGGCACAAACUACGCUCUGUACUACUGGUACAGCCCUCUGGAAAAAAGUCUUCAGUGUGCAAACUACUAUACGGAAGGUGAACUCAUUGGGUGUUCUUUCGAUCUACUUAAAGGGAAAGUUUCAGGUUCUGAAAAAAUUCAAAUAAUGGUCACAGAUACAGCUGGAACAAUUAGACCCUCUUAUAAUAUCACUUUCUUAAAUUCUGUGAAACCCGAACACCCUGUCAUAACAGCCCUCUCCUUCCAGAAUGACAGCCUGUAUGUGGAAUGGGAAAGUCCAGAAAACUUUGAGAGCAACUGCUUAGUUUACCAGGUGGAAAUCACUGACAGCAAGCCAGAGUUAUACAAAGCUGAAGAAUCUAAAAAUAAAUGCCACAUCUCACAAACGCCUCAGGACCUUCCAGGAAAUUCCAAGGAUAAAAAUUGUUUCGUGAUCAGUGAUGUGGACCGUGAUACUCUGUACACGGUCAGAGUGAGAGCCAAAGCCAGUAAGUAUUGCUUCGAAGAUAAAAACCUCUGGAGUGCUUGGAGUCCAGAGAAAAGCAUAGGCCAGAAGCCUGACCCCACGUUUUAUACCAUCACGUUACUCUCCAUCCCAGUCGCCAUCUCCAUCUCCACUCUUCUCCUGCUGCUGUAUUUAAAGAGACUGAAAAUCAUUAUUUUUCCUCCAAUUCCUGAUCCUGGGAAGAUUUUUAAAGAGAUGUUUUCAGACCAGAAUGAUGACACCCUGGUAUCAAUAAACGAGAGUCCUCCAUGCUAACCUUCCUGAAGGGCUACCACUUAGAAAAAGGAUCAGCCUGGCUCUGCUUGGCCCCAGAAGGCAGAACUUGGAGCAACCAGUGGGUGCAAGUGGCAAGAGGGCAAAUGCUGAGGGAAAGACACACUCCUCAACAAUGAAGGCCACCCCAAAGUGGAAAGAGCUGCCACAGAUCCAACCGUCAUCUCUACACCGAUGAUUCUCAGCUUACUUAUCCAGCCUUCACCUCCAGUCUUGAAUCACCACCAGCUGCCUACUGGCAUCCCGAUGUCCUGUAGUCAUCUUCAACUGUACAUGCAGAAACUGAACUCACUUUCUUUCCCUGCAAAUAGUGCCUCCUUCCUGACUUUCCCGUUACUUUCAAGAGAAACUCACCAUCAUCCUUCCAGUUACCCAAGCCCCAACCUAGAAAUACUCCAAGAUACCUUAUUCAGUCUCCCUACCCAGAUCUAAUUUGUUGUCACACCCUGUCAGUUUGACUUGAGUGGCAUCUCUCAUAUCCCCCCCCCAUUCUCUCCUCUGCAUUGCCACCCCCUUGCUGAAGGACUAGCACAAUCACCUACUGAUGGAUCUGCCUGCCUUUCCCGGCUCUGGCCCAUUCUCUGUUUAGCUGUUAAAGUGAUCUUCCUAAUGUACAGGUUGGCCUGUGGCAUCCCUUUCCCACCCCCCAACUCCGAAUUCAAGAAACUCUGCUGGCUCCCUUUGUCCUCCAGGGUGAAAUAGAAAAUCCUCUGUUUGGCUUUGAAAACCCUUCAGAACCUGGCUUUUUUCUGCCUUCUCAGGCUUCUUAGCCCUCACUCCACUGCCCUCCAUGUACUGUCUCCCUGCCUGCGCAUGGACUUUCCCCAUGCUUGAGAUGCUCUGCUUCCUCUCCUCAACAGCUUUAUUCAAGAGUCACCUCAAAUCCUACUUUCUGCAGGAGACCUUUCCAAGUACCCCAUAUGCUAAUGCCUUCCCCUUGGAGAUCGCCUUCCAUCUACUGUCUGUUGUUUGCAUGUUGUCUCCCAUCUUAGACUGUGAGCUCCUUGAAGGCAGGGACUAUGAUUUCUGCCUAGCCUUUUAUCCCCAGUGCUUAGCAUGGUGCCUGGGACAAAAAGCUUAUUUGACUGAGAGGAAGAGAGUUGUCUAAGGUUGACAGAUACCUAGAUGGAUAAUAAGGGGCCAAACUGGCAUCAGACUCCAGGUCCCCUGACUCUAGCCAACACCCUUGGCACCCUACUACUCCACUAAAAACCAGAUUUUAAAACAAAGGCAGCAGGAGAUGGGGUGCUAUCUUGUUCCACUCUGAGAAUCAAGAGAGUGGAAGCAAGCCUCCUUUGAUGCAGAAAUCUUCCUGGCUCAACAGACUCCUCCGACUCCUCCUCCAGGGGCCUUGCCUGAAGGACCAGGACAGGUACCUACUGAGGCAGUGCACUGAGCCUGGAGUCUAUUUGGCAACAACAGCCCUUCCUGCAGCACGGUAACCCCAAGCGUUCCCCAACCAGGGGACUGGGCCAUACUACUACUGCCGCCUGCUGACCAUUUGUGGCAACUUCAUUCUGUAAAUACUGUAAGCUGUUAAAAACCAACAGCGGCAGUAGCACCUGGCUUGAGGGCAGACAGCGUAGAUCUCUUGGAAAAAAUGGUAAUGUUCUAUAAUGCUUCAACACUAGAUACUAAGAGCUGGUCUUUCCUUAGAGGUCAAGGCAGUAAAUGGGAGCAUCCCUGGGACCGUUCUCCUAAAAGGCAAAACCAUUUCACAUCCAUUUCCUUGUUUGAGAUUUCAGUGAGGCCCAUGGCAAUUCAGUGACUUCCCCAGGGUUACACAAACUAGCAAAUAUCAUAGGUAGUAUUUGAACCCAGGGCAGGUAGGUGGGAC